ACUCUCGAGGAACUUCAGUCUACCGUCAUCGUUCGCGAGCGUCGUUUCGCCGCGUUUGUCGUUCGCUUUCAUUUCACGCUCUUCUUAUCCCUAUUCUAACGCUAUUACCAUCACAUUUUUUUCACGCCAUAAAACGUGUUUCGUUUCCCUUUUCACGACGCGUUGCAAAUCGAACGAGAGAAAGAAAAGAAGGAGACGGGAUAUCGAACGCAAGCUUAUCCGAACGUAAAUUUUUCCAUCCUUUCGCGAAGUAAUUAACGAAACUUGGUAAAUUUUAUUUACUCAUCGGUGGAUUGUCCGACGCGUCGAUCGAGCCAUUAUCACGCCAAUCGUCGUCAUGUAUGAUCGACGCGUCUGAAUUUUUACAUCUUCCUUCCCAGACGUGAGACAGGAUUUCGAGACCUAGUCUUUUCGUCGGUUAUCGUACGAACGACAAGAGAUGAACGCCCCACCGCCGGUCUACGCGUCGUCCUGUCCCGCGUUGCAGUCAAACCUGUCGCUGCACAGUUCCUCCUAUUACAGUGAAUAUAGCGGGGCGGCAAGGAGGCGAUUAUCGUCGACGGGCGAGGCGGACACCUCGGCCACGUCGAGCUAUGAGGGUAGCGACAGCUCUGAGAACAGCGACGAGUCUCGUCUCGAACCGGUUAAUCAGAUCGAGCGAGAGCAACUCGAAACGUUUUUCCGGGGCUUGAAAUCCCAGGUGUUCGUUUGCGAGUCGCUGGCCAACUUGUAUCUGGGGAACGCGUCGCAGACCGAAAGAUGGGAGCUUCGAUUUACCGGGAUUCCAGUUGUGGUAUUGGACCUUGGAGAAACGCGAUCAAGAUCCAAGAGACGGAUCCAGAUUCUUUUGGCCGAGCGUGGCACAUGUUUUACGCUUUGGAGGGAGACGAUCGACAACUUAUCGUCGUACAAGGUGUCGGGGCCGGCCUUCCACACGAUGUGUCUUUCGUCGGAUCACACGCGUCUCGCCGGCCUCAGUUUCGACAAUCCAAAAGCCGCCAACGAUCUGUGGCAGCACAUAGAAAGACUCGUCUCCUGUCCUGAGAACAUUAGCCUCUCGGUACCGGGGAAAAAGAAGAAGAAACCGGUGCAGAAGAAAGUGGUUUUACCGGCCAAGAGUAACAUCAGCCAGCCCUGUCAAUUUCAACACGUGACGAGCGUGGACGCUGCCGAUCGAUCGCGUUAUUUCUCCCUCCAAACCCUGGUUCCGGCUUUGAACGAGCUCGAAAAUUCAUUGGAGGCGAAUUUCUGAGAUAGCGAGAAACUGGACAAGAGUUCAGAUUCGUAACUCUGACGUUGCUCUCGUCCAUUACAUCUAUCUAAUGCGCGUUACGUUCUAGGGAAAUUCAUUUGUAAUCCCUUCAGGGAUAAGAUUGUCCGUAAAAAUGUAACUCGUGCGCGCUGAUGCGCUCAUUACUCUUCGUGCUUCCGAGCGAAAUCAAACGAUUUGCCAAAUCCAUCGUUGCGUUAUAUUUCGACGCGAUUACCGCUCGAUGCCCUUCCUUAUUCUCUCGUCCCUUUUUUCUUUUAUUCGAGAGAGAGAGAAUUAAUCGUAGUAAGUAAAAAAA